AUGCAGAAUUUCCUGAGGCUGCUGAGGGAGCACGGGGACACCCACUCUCCCCCACAAGAGCUGGUGACCCUUGCAGGCAAGCUAUGUCGGGACCUCCAACACAACCAUGUUCAGGUGCUGUCUUUGGUGGAAGCCAUUCUGGACAGCAAGCACCGUCAGCACCUGCUAGACAAUGCAGAUGUGGCGCUGGUGUGUGCCCAGGUCCUGGUCCAUCGGGAGCAACAGUUCUCAGCUCUCCGGAUUUUAGAGGGGUGUCGGGUGCCAGGAGGCAGCAAGGAGCUGGUACAACUCUGGAAUGACAUUCACUACCACCUGACCAUGAGGAAGCUGGGCAUCACUAGGCUGAGCCCAGUGCAGAAGUUUCGCUGCAGGAAGAGGAACCCACCACCCCCUACUCUCUGCCCUGAGGGCCCUAAGAACCGGAACUUCCCCCCAGAGAUUCGCCACCAGCUGCAGAACUUUGCCACAGGUGUGGGCACUUACCCCAAGAAGGCCCAGUUGGAGAAACUGGCUUUGGAGACUGGCUUGACCCACGAGCAAGUGUACAACUGGUUCGCCAAUUAUCGGCGACGGCAGAAGGCUUUUUCCCUGAACAGUCAAAGAGCCCAGGAGGCCACGUCAGAAGUCUCCAAUGCAAAGGAGAGGGGGCCUGAACCACUCCAGCUCUCAGGAGACCGUCAUGAGUCUGUGACUGUGUCUCAGUGGUCAGUUGGAUGUGAAAGAAGUGUGUCUCUACAGUCCCGAGAGACAACCCAAGAAUCACAUGGGCUGCAGUUCCUGACUUGGAACUUUUCUGGAGACAACACCACUUCACAGUCGCUGUCUUUCAGGUCACUGUAUGGAUGUGAAGUGUACCAGGAGGGGCGAAGUUACCAUCCAGUCAGCCUCACCUCCAUAUGCCCCUCCCCUGACCUCUGCUCGCUGGGUACUAGCAACAACAUGUUUGAUUCCUCUAUGGUUGUCCCUGAGUCACGGAUGAUACCCCUUGCACCGUCAUCUUCCAAGGAAGUUUUCCUCUACAAUGGAGAACUGGACCAUAGGAACCAGCUGGACUCUGGGAUGAAUCCUGAAGAUGCCACCAUGAUGGCCAUUGCUACUUUCAGUGAUCCCAGCCAUGCAGGUGGGUCUACCUUGCAUAGACAUGAGAUUAUGGACUCACCCCCACAACUACUCAAGUACUCAGGUCUUUAG